AUGACCGCUAAAGACGUGGAAAAAUGCAGGAAUGGGGAAUGGCCACCCCAGAGACCCGUAGGACCUGAAGAGGGCCAGGGGGUCAAGAAAGCUGUGAAACAUCAAAGGGCAGUAGAAGAUGUAAAGCUGACGAACACCAAGAUCAUCAUUGAUGGCAACAACUUUUAUUUUAAAUUUUACCACAACUCGAGUCUCGACGAGCGACAUGGAGGAGAUUACGACUUGUACGCGGAGGCUUUAAAGAGGUUUUUCCAAACUCUGUCCACCUGCAACAUUCAACCGUUCGUUGUUCUGGAUGGCUGCUGCAACCACACUGACCACAAAUUAGAAACGACUAAACUGCGGGCCGAAGGGCACAUCAAAAGUGCACAUGACCUCUCCAUGGGGCGCAAAGGUAGGGUACUGCCACUGCUGUCGAGGAAUGUCUUCAUUCAGGUCUUAUCGAAACUUGGGGUUCCGUUGGUCCAGUGCUUGUUGGAAGCGGACAAGGAGAUCGCUGCCUUGGCUAACCAAUGGAAUUGUCCUGUUUUGUCAACAGACAUGGAUUUUUUCAUCUUUGACCUCAAGGGAGGAUUUUGUCCCCUGACCCAGUUUCAGUGGGAGAACGCCUCACAGGGGCGCAUCCCGGCUAAGUGUUAUUUCAUUGAAAAUUUUUGCGCUAAUUUCAAGGGAAUGAAUAAGGAUCUCCUUCCUCUGUUUGCUGUGAUCAAUAGCAACGAUUAUUCCGAUAUGAAAGUGAUGUAUCGCUUUUACCGUCACGUGGCCUCCAGUAGCCACAUGUCAGCAUAUAGAGGGAAGAAGCAGGCCACUGUCCAUAGUCUUCUGACAUGGCUGUCACCAUUCCAAGACCUAAAAGUCGCCAUGGAGAACGUGCUGAAUGUUCUGCCCGUCUCUGACAGAGAAGAGGUGCGAGAAUAUCUCUCCUCCCAAAUGCAGGUGUAUAAAAUACCAGAAAGAAAUCUGUCAGGUUUUUUCACAAGCUGGACGUCUACAACCGAUGACAUCCAGCUGAGAUCACUGCUGCCACGCUGGACUCUCACCGCAUUAGAGAAAGCACAGCUGCCUAAAACGGUCGUCGAUCUUUUAGUUCUGCAACGGGUUUUCCUAAUUCCUCAAGUCGAGAACUCCGAGCGGCCGAAUGCCCACACGUGCGUCCUGCCUAUCAGGAGAGCAUUUUAUGGGAUGAUUUUAAAUGGACGACGACACUCGUCGGUGAGCAGCCCCGGUGGUGAUGGAGUGGAGGCUGAACUGUGUGUCGUGGAAGAAUACGGCAGAGAGAAUGCAAACCUCACGAUGAGCCGCGUGGAAGCAGCGCCGCCACAUUCAGCGACAGGCAUUUCAGUGGAGGAAAUCGAGAAGCUACUUCGCAACAACAUCCGAAUGUAUGGCGCCAUAUUUGAUGGAACCUCACAUGGACGCUCUUUUUGA